UGGUUAGGACUCUUUCUAUCUUUGCAACACUUUUUGCAUUAUAGUGAUAUGUACAUCAUGAUGCCAAAUUUGUUAUUUCAAGAAGAGGAAGCAUUUUAAAGUCCAUAGACUAUAGCCCUUGACCUCAUUGUGCUGGAUAUAUUCUUUCACGUGGACUUUGGAGUCAAUGUGUUCCUGUCUCUGCCGUGUGACAAGAAGAUAUAAUCAGAAGAUGGCUGAUCCGUGGCAGGAAUGCAUGGAUUAUGCAGUAACCCUAGCAAGACAAGCCGGAGAGGUGAUUUGUGAAGCUCUAAAACAUGAAAUGAAUGUUAUGAUUAAAAGUUCUCCGGCUGAUUUGGUAACUGCUACUGACCAAAAAGUUGAAAAAAUGCUUAUCUCUUCCAUAAAGGAAAAAUACCCAUCUCACAGUUUCAUUGGUGAGGAAUCUGUGGCAGCUGGGGAAAAAAGUAUCUUGACCGAUAACCCCACAUGGAUCAUUGACCCUAUUGAUGGAACAACUAACUUUGUACAUAGAUUUCCUUUUGUAGCUGUUUCGAUUGGCUUUGUUGUAAAUAAAAAGAUGGAAUUUGGAGUUGUGUAUAGUUGUGUGGAAGAUAAGAUGUAUACUGGCAGAAAAGGAAAAGGUGCCUUUUGUAAUGGCCAAAAACUGCAGGUUUCAAAACAAGAAGAUAUUACCAAAUCACUCUUGGUGACCGAGUUGGGCUCUUCCAGAACACCAGAGACUGUACGAAUUAUUCUUUCUAACAUGGAAAAGCUUUUCUCUAUUCCCAUUCACGGAAUCCGGAGUGUUGGAACAGCAGCUAUUAAUAUGUGCCUUGUGGCAACUGGAGGAGCAGAUGCAUAUUAUGAAAUGGGAAUUCACUGCUGGGAUAUGGCAGGAGCUGGCAUCAUUGUUAGUGAAGCUGGUGGAGUACUGAUGGAUGUAACAGGUGGUCCAUUUGAUUUGAUGUCACGAAGAAUAAUUGCUGCAAAUAGUAGAGCAUUAGCAGAAAGGAUAGCCAAAGAAAUUCAGAUUGUACCUUUACAAAGAGAUGAUGAAGAUUGAUUACAGUAGCCUUGUAUUCAGUCACAAUUGCUUUCCCCAGAUUUGCUGAUGCACUGAUGGAUAUCUGUUUCAGAUGUAUGAUAUGAUUGACUAAAUUGUCUUUGAUGUCCUGAUUUUAAAAUGGAAACUUUUUCCAUAAAAUAAGUAUGCAAAAAUAGGUGUAAUAUUUGUUUUGAAAUUUUUUGCCUGUAAGAAUAUACUUUGGGAAAAAAUAAACAGAAUGUUUAGUUCAUGAGCUUACAUUAAAAUAGUCAAUUAGCA